UGUUGUGACUCAGCAAGUGUCCUUAACUCUAAAUCUUAGCAGUUGCCAAGUUCAAACCUUAUCUUGCUCUUUAUUGCCCCUUGUCAUUUAAAACGUGAGAUACCUAGACAGACUAGAUCCUUAUAGAGCUCAAGUGCUCAGUUGAGUGUCUCCUCAACUUAAACAUGCAAGAGAACCAUUCAGAAGCACUGGGUAUUUCGACCUCUGAGUUUUUGACAGCAUGGCAAGGUUUCAAUCUGUCAUACUGUCCUGAAAAUGCCACUGUCUGCAAUGGCACAUCCUGUUUGGUUCCUACUGAUGACGAGUUUAACCAAAUUUUGAACACAGUUUUGAGUACUGUCCUAACAAUCAUGUUGGCACUGGUGAUGUUCUCCAUGGGCUGCAAUGUGGAGCUUAAGAAAUUUUUAGGACACAUCAGAAGGCCAUGGGGCAUAAUUGUGGGUUUUCUUUGCCAGUUUGGAAUUAUGCCUCUUACCGGUUUUGUGCUGUCGUAUGCUUUUGGUAUCCUUCCAAUACAAGCUAUUGUGGUGAUCAUCAUGGGAUGCUGUCCUGGCGGAACGUCUUCCAAUAUUUUAGCCUACUGGGUGGAUGGCGACAUGGACCUAAGCAUCAGUAUGACAACAUGUUCAACCUUGUUGGCCUUGGGAAUGAUGCCACUUUGUCUCUUGAUUUAUACCAAAAUCUGGACAGACUACAAUUCCAUUUUAAUCCCCUAUGAUAGCAUUGGCAUUUCGCUGGUUGCACUUGUUGUUCCUGUUUCAUUUGGGAUAUUUUUCAAGCACCGGUGGCCCACAAAAGCUAAAAUCAUAUUGAAGGUCGGUUCCAUUAGUGGCGCAGUUCUCAUAGUGAUCAUCGCUGUGGUCGGUGGGAUAUUGUACAAAGGUUCCUGGACUAUCACACCUAACCUCUGGAUUAUUGGCACCAUCUUUCCAGCUGCUGGUUAUUCACUAGGCUUUCUUCUGGCUCGUAUAGCAGGCCAGCCCUGGCACAGAUGCCGCACAGUGGCUUUGGAAACAGGGAUGCAGAAUAGUCAGCUUUGUACAACCAUUGUGCAGCUCUCCUUCAGCCCUGAGCAGCUGGAGCUGAUGUUUACAUUCCCGCUCAUCUACAGUAUUUUCCAGCUGGGGUUUGCAGGAAUCAUUUUGGGAGUCUAUCAGGUGCACAAAAAGUAUUUUGCUGAUCGAAAUAAAGACUUCGCACAGACAGAAAAUGAACCUGAGUCCAUGUCGGCCUCAAAAUACUCAACAAUGAAUGGAGGAUUUGUGUCAGAAGAAGGGACCCCAUCCCCUGUGUCAGUGUAUCCUAAUGGAAGAUUAUAAAUAUUGCAAAAUUUACUGAACUUUUAUAUUUGAAAAAAAAAUCUUGCUCAGAGGGAAACUUUUUGCGUAUCAGACUGUGCUUUUCUACAGAAACUGUGUUUUAAAUUAUUAAGUUACAGUAGGAGUCUUCAGCAUUUUCUCUUAUUUCUGAACAACGCCUGGGCAGUGCGCAGGCAGUUCUUUUGAUUUUUCUAAAGAUCCUAGUAUGAUGCCCAGUAAAGAAAUGCAAGAUACAAUAAACCAGUUAACUCAAACAUCGGAAGUUUUUCCUUUUUUAUGUUUCUGUGGAUGUGGUUUUGUGAUGGCCCAAUAAAGUGGAGUGUGUUUGUGUGAGAGAAUGUGGAUGUGACCAGCCCCAAACCAAGCCUGUCACCUUCCAGUCGCAUGCCUGACACCAGCCAUUAACCAUACUAUACCUGGUUUUUCAAGAGUGAAUUGCAGGCAAUUCAAGCAUGAUACUGUGCAGCAAUAUUGGGCCAUUUCCUGGCAUUUUUAAUUCUGGAUACCGAAGCACAGUAUACCACUUGCAUAAACUGGAAGUUUUUAUAAGAAUUGAAUGACCUGGCUUUUUAAAACAGAAGUUUAUGUAUACAUACAUUACACAUAAAUUCCAACAGAAUCCUCUCUCAUGUAGAAUUACCCAGUGCCGGAGCAUUCUAGAAGAUGAUCACAUUAUCUAUAUUAUAGUUGCUGGGAGGGGACAUAAGCAAGAACAGCUGGGGUGUGACUACAGUCCCUCUUUGCCAAAAUACUAGGUAAGGACACGGAAAAGGGCCUUCUCUGCUGC